AUGGCAGGCCCCCGAAGAAUAUUGUCACCCAGUCGGCAAGAACAGAAGGGACAUGAUCAAAUGGGAACGGACGAACAAAUACGUAUUUGUAAGUACUCAAGGUACGCAGCAUUAUCCACAGGCCAGUUGAGGUUUCCAGUAGAGUGGGAUACCAGUCUGCAGGUUGAAAGUGAUGGGAUGAGGCAUCCAUAUCCACAUCCAUACCCGUUCGUACAGACGGGUAUCUGGAGCACGCAACCUGGAUACCAGAAGGCAGAGAAGACGACAGAAAGAGCAAAGGAAGAAGAGGAGCAGGAAGGAGGUGUGAGUGGGAAAAACAUGUACUUCUGUCCCAUCUUCUUCUUGUCCCGUCCAGUCCCCGAAUCGACUGCAACUUUCCUUCUCCCAUUUGUCUAUCCGACUAAAACAAGACACCAGGCGAGGAAGCCGUUGCUUUCACACCCCUCCUUCCUGCUUCCUCGAUCCGCAUUCGCACUGGACUUGUUCACGACGCUCCUUCCUGCCGAUUCUAAUACUAAUUUCGAGCUCCCGCUCUCACAACGCUCUCUGCCGUCUGCCAUCUGCCUCCUCCGCUCCUUCUGCCACCAGCCCCAUCGCUCACUCAUUUUCGUCCAAUUCCACCCUUUCCCACACACAACUGAGUUGUCCAUCGCAUCGAGAACGCCGGGCGUCCACCACCAAACACUCCUUGGAUUUCCUACUCUUCGACAACAGCGACAACUUCUAAUAAAACACACGCACACGCACACGUCGCAUGCAUCUGCUCUCCCACUUGCAACUCACGAAUACCGCAAAGCUCCCACGCCGCUAAUUCGCACACUCGCACACUACUCCCACGUAUCACCCGACGAGCCAGUGAGACACUUCCCGCUAGACGCCGACGAGGAGAACCAGCAAGACAGGCCCAGAGGGGACAGCAACAACGAACAUCCCAGAGUCACAAAAUCUGCAGCAUCGCAGAACCACAAAAAAGAGCGUGCACACACCACUAAUCGACCCGUGAGCCACAGAACGCGACCGGUUGCUCAUUGGACGGGGUGGAUUCCCAUAGGAACUGGCCCUCGACUCUGGUGGACUGGGGAGCCCGGCCAGACUCGCAGGCGCAGCGACCGAAGCGAAUUGAAAGCGGACCCCGAACCUGGAUUUCCUGACUGA